AUUUCUGCCUUGGAAGUCCUCCUGCUCUCAAAGUCAACCCCACUUCAUAGUAUAGGAUGGAGAAUGCUGGGUUUGGAGUCAGAGGACCUGUUCCUAAUUCUGCUGUGUGACCCAGGGCAAGCGUUUAACCUCUAUAGAUCUUAGUUUCUGAGGACCUGACCUGGAAGGUAAUAUUAGGAAGCAUUUAUUUACUGUUUUACAAAUUCUGUCUCAUUUGAUCCUCACAAGUGCCUUGAAUAUAAGUGUUACUCUCAUUCUCAUUUUACAGGUAAAGAAACAGGCUAACAGUAAUUAAGUGACUUAAUCAUGCUCAUACAACCAAAGUCUAAAGGCAAUAUUCGAACCCAGGUCUUUCAGCUUUCAAUUCCGGCUCUUCCCUACCACCGGAACUGCAUCCAAAGCAACUUUUCUCUCUAAACUUACAGUUCUUACGGUCUGUGAUAUUCAAGUCAAGCCAAGUCCAUAAGUAUAUAUUAAAAACAUCUACUAUAUACCAGGUUCUGAGCUGAGUCCUGGUGAUACUAAGGUCAAAAAUAAUUGUGAUUUCCCCAAGAAGGUCACAUUCUAAAGGGAAGGGAGGAGAUAAGUGGCAAACAAGCUCGCAGGAGAUAUGCGGGGGAAAAAAAAAAAAAAUUCUCAAGCCAAACGAUAAAAUCAGCUAGUUCGUAGCUUUGCGUGCCGGGAAUAUUGCUCUGGGGAGAGUCUUCCCUUGAGCUCUCAGAAAAGAGGCCUGCCCUCUCGAGUCAGGUGACAGGCUAUUGCUUUAAAGGCGGAAGGGGGAACAUGGGAUUGAGCUGCGCGGGUUUGCCCUAUCAGGGUGCUGAAAGCCCAGCUUCUGAUUGCUGAGGUUCUCCAGUGGAGAGAACAUGGGAAAGCUGGAGAGCUCUGCCCGACCGUGGGCAGCGUCGUCGGCCGGCCGGACUCUGCUACUGUUCCUGUUGCUUCCGCUCCUCCUGCCCGGAUGCUCCGCUGAACCCAAGCGCUACGAACCCACCUGGGAGUCUCUGGACGCCCGCGAGCUCCCCGCUUGGUUCGAUGAGGCGAAGUUCGGCAUCUUCAUUCAUUGGGGAGUAUAUACUGUACCCAGCUUCGGAAGCGAGUGGUUCUGGUGGUAUUGGAGAGGGUUAAAAUUACCAAAGUUUGUAGACUUUAUGAAUGCUAACUAUCCUCCUGGAUUCACAUAUGAAGAAUUUGCAUCAGAAUUUAAAGCAACAUUUUUUAAUGCCAGUGAGUGGGCAGAUAUUUUGGUGUCCUCUGGUGCCAAGUACAUUGUCUUAACUACCAAACAUCAUGAAGGUUUCAACCUUUGGAAAUCUAAUUAUUCAUGGAAUUGGAAUUCUGUUGAUAGAGGGCCAAGAAGGGACAUUGUAAAAGAAAUGGAAGUAGCCAUUAGAAGUAAGACCAAGUUGCACUUUGGCCUGUACUACUCCCUAUUUGAAUGGUUCAACCCCCUUUUCCUUGAGGAUCAAGCUAAUUUCUUCCAGACAAGAUAUUACCCACCCUCUAAGUGCCUGCCUGAUCUCUAUGACUUAGUGAACACAUACAAACCUGAGAUUCUCUGGGCAGAUGGUGAUGGAGAUGCACCAGAUACCUACUGGAAUAGCACUGGCUUCUUGGCUUGGUUAUAUAAUGACAGCCCAGUUCGGGAUACUGUUGUAACCAAUGAUCGCUGGGGCCUCAAUAACAUCUGCAAGCAUGGUGGCUUCUAUACCUGCUCUGACCGUUAUAACCCAGGACACCUCUUGCCUCACAAGUGGGAAAAUUGUUUGACAAUAGAUAAGCAAUCUUGGAGUUACAGAAGGAAUGCUCCACUAUCUGAUUAUCUCACAAUUGAAGAAAUAGUGGAGCAACUUCUGCAAACAGUUUCAUGUGGAGGAAACUUUUUGAUGAAUAUUAGUCCCACAAAAGACGGCAUUAUUUCUCCAAUAUAUGAAGAACGUUUGAGGCAAAUAGGAAGCUGGAUGCAAGUCAAUGGGGAAUCCAUUUAUGGAAGCAAACCUUGGCGAGCACAGAAUGACACUAUCACACCUAGAGUCUGGUAUACAUCAAAACCUAAAGAAAAUCUCGUCUAUGCUAUGUUCCUUCAGUGGCCAUCAUCAAGGAUACUGGUACUUGGCCAGCCCACAGCAACUUUUGGGGCAACAGAAGUAAAAUUACUGGGUUAUGAACAUCCACUUAAAUGGACUUCUUUGCCAAAUCAUGGAAUAGUGGUGGAACUUCCACAGCUAACUCUUGAUGAACUGCCGUGUAAAUGGGCCUGGUCUUUAGAAAUGAAAAAUGUAAACUGAAGGAUGCAAAUUCAUUUUCAAGUUACAGAUUUACUUAUAUUCUGCUAUUUUGCAGAAGAAAAACAUGCUACAAAGGAGCCUAAGACAGAAUCCUUUCACAUUCAGUACAUAAAGAAAAUCAAAGAGCAGAAGCAAUUAUCUGGUUGAUAAAGGUUUGUUUUGAGCCUGAA